UUAACCACACAGCUGUAUUUAACAUUUUUAAUUAAAGUUUGAUGGAAUUUUGUAAUUCUGUUUGAUCACAAUGUGCAAGAAAGUGUUUGCAGCACUUAAAUAAAAUUUUAUUAUGAAAAAGAGAUUAGUUGGAUAGGCAUGGAGUCACAAUUUUAAAGAACGUUUUGACUGUCAAAAGGCCAAUUUUUCUGGUUCAUUUCAGUAUUUCAUAAAAUAAUUUUUUGAUUUUAAUAAUGUUAGAGUAGUAAAUGCUGUAAACGCAUUUUUACAGCAUUUAGUUUGUUUACUAAUGUAGUAAACUAAUAUUAACAUGUGGAAUCUUAUACAUUAUAUAAAAACUGCUGUAUAAUACAUCGUUUUUGGUAUUGGUACGAGACGUUGUGACCCUAUCUUGUAAAUAUCUGAACAGAGUCGGACACAAAAGUGCUACUGAAAUAGAAUUCUAAAACGAAACCAAAUAUAGAUCAAGAUGUUUAUUUAUUCUUUAUUUAGCCACCAGAAGACGAUGGAAUGGAAGAAUUAAUUACAUUAUGUUAGUUACUGUGACCUGUGACAGACGGGCGGAACCUUGGGAAGUGUUGAUGUUUGCGGGGGAGUGUUUUAACUGUCGCAAUCAGACUCUGAAGUACAAGUGCGAGGAUGAAAAGAGUUUAGAGGGCUUUUAAAACAGAUAAUCGUUUUAAAUAAUUAAUGCGUAUGAUUAAGCAGGUGUAGCAAUACAUAUCUUGCAACGUUUUAGUGGUCUGCUUAGUUUAAUACCGCUCAAACAACGCGCCAUGUGGACUUUACUGGACUUUUCUGCUUCCUAGACAGUGUCAUUGAAAAUACUUUUGUGAAUUUAACAUGCAUUAUGAGCUCAUAAACUCUCUCUCAUUUGACCCGUAUAAUAAUUAACAAAAGAUGAGUGUUCAGUUGAUUUUAUAAUAAUAUUGGAGCAGAUAUUCGCCUUGUCAAGCACGUCGACAUGUUGUCCAUAAACCUGCUCCGGUUACACUCAGUGAUAAGAUGUUGUGGACAGAGACACUUUCAUUGCCGUCCAUCACUCUUUGCCUCUGCUCGGAUUUAUCUGAUGAGGACAAACUUUUCUUCCUAUCUGAAAGCAAGAGGAUCUGUCACUGUUUCUCCUUCGUGUCUCUGUCUGAGGUCAAGAUUGAGACUGAACAGCAGUGUAACAACGUUCAGACCUCCAGUUCUUCGAGUUAUCGUCCAGUCGACUCGUGAGUUUCACAGUUCAGGCAGACUGAGAGCUGUACCUGCACCCCUGGUAUGGCUGGUACUGAAGCCCAUGCAGAAGAUCAUCGCCAUCAUACUGGGCCGGAGCAUCAGAAAAUGGUGGAUGGCCCUGCCCGACAAUAAAAAGCAGCUGUUUCGUGAAUGGACAUGGCGUCGACGCUGGCACUUGUUGGGAGCUGUGUCGGGACUGCUGUUCUUCAUCUCUCUCCUUUUUCUCACCCACCUGGAUGAAUCUCCUAUUACAGGCAGGACCCGACUGCUGUUGUUCAGCAAGGAGGCCUUCAUGGAACUGGCUCAGUCCACUGCGGAAGCGUAUAUGGAGGAGUUUAAGGAUUCUCUGAUUGCUCCAUCGGACCCCAGGCACCAGGCGGUGGAGCUACUGGUUCAGACUCUGGUAAAGAGGAACAAGGAUAUUACUGGGAUGUCCGCUGUCCCCUGGACCGUCCAUGUGGUUGACGGCCCACCCAUCAACGCAUUUGUUUUGCCAAAUGGAGAGAUCUUCGUCUUCACGGGAAUGCUGCAGGCUGUAGCAGACGUUCAUCAGCUGGUCUUUAUACUGGGACAUGAGAUGGCUCACGCUCUGAUUGGUCAUGCAGCAGAACAGGCCAGUUUGUCUCACGUGGUGGACCUGCUGUCUAUCGUCCUGCUAACGGCGAUCUGGGCCAUAUGUCCUCGGGACAGUUUAGCUCUUCUGGGCCAGUGGAUUCAGGGCAAACUAAUGCAGUUCUUAUUUGACCGGCCCUUCAGUCGUAAGCUGGAGGCAGAGGCGGACCAGGUUGGCCUACAGCUGGCUGCCAAGGCGUGUGCUGAUGUGAGGGCGGCCACAGUGUUUUGGCAGCAGAUGGAGAUCUAUGAUCAGUUGAGUGGCCAACCAACCAUCCCCGAAUGGCUGUCCACACACCCUUCCCACCAAAACCGCGUCAGACAGCUGGACCGCCUCGUUCCUGAGGCUCUGGAGCUCCGUGCACGCUGUGACUGUCCCGCCCUCCCCGAAGUUGACCCCCGUGUUGUUUUUUACAAGAGCGUUAAAUUGCUUCUAGACAAAAUUGAAAAACAAGAGCUGAUGGAAAAAGAGGAAAAGAUUGAGAAAGAGAGAGCUGGAGUCAUGUUGCCACUCCCCCAAACCCAUCCUGUCCCGACUCAAGGGUCUCAGCCUCAGCUGGGGGGAGUGCUGGCCACAUCCGCUCUGCCACAAACUCUGCUUAGUAAAUGAGACUUGAUGAAAUGUGACUGACAGGGACAAAUUCAAGCUUUCCUUUUCAUUUCUCUUUUUCAAGUCCAUUGGCUCUGAACAAGGCCUGGGAGGAUCAUCAGAUAGAACUGGACAAUUUUAAUUUUGAAUCCAUUACAUUAGUUGUCACUUUAAUACACAUUUGUUACCUAGGUCAAUUGCUGUGGUAAUAGUCUGUACGAUUAUUUGGAAUAGGCAUAUGUACAUCAUUUGUGUGUGAUGCUUGAGUUUAUGCCCUAAAUUCAAGUAUCCGCCGCAGUGCGUUCGUGUUAAUAAUGGAGCUAUUCUAAAUGGGCUUUUAAUUGGAUUUAAUGAUGUUAUUAGCAUAAGACCCCUGUGAAGUUGAAUGCAUAAUGUUGUAUAGUACAUUAUUCAUCAAACAUCUGCCUUUGCUUUAAUGUCCUCUAUAGGUUCUAUCCUGUGAUAUAACUCUGAUGUAUAUCAGCUAAUGUCACUGACUUUAAACUGCAUGGAGCUGUGGACACACUUCAUUAUUUAAAGGAUUUGUCAAUGGCCAGCUGACGCCAAAUGAGUCCAACGCUUGCAUUCUUGGCAAGUGUUGAUUUUAUUUUUUUAAAUGCACUGUGAAUAUGUGACUGGAAUUACACUCAAGAUAAAUUAAUUUCACUCAG